AUGGCCUUGUUCUAUGACUACAAUGUCGCGGUGCCGGCGAACCUGCGGCAGGUCUGCUCGGUGUGGGGGGAGCUGGACCCCGUGCUUGCGGUAGCGCUGGAGAACCGGGAGAUCCACUUUUUCACGGAUGAGGGCGAGAAGCAGCAGGGGCUGGAGAACUACUCGCGCAGUGCCGACAUCGUCACGAUGGCCUGGCAGCCUCGUGGUGGUGCACUCGCUGUUGGCUGGAGCGAUGGCAUGGUAUCGUUGUGGGUGUUCAAGGAACAAACGGCGCGCGAGGUGAACUCGCCGCAUACGAGCCGUGUGUGCCUGCUGAAGUGGGCGCCAGCAGGCAACCGUCUAAUGUCCGCAGAUGAAAACGGCGUGUUUGCCGUUUGGAAAGUGGACAGUCGCUGCCAGCUCACGCUCAGCACGCAGUACGCACGUCAGGGAAGCUUUACCCACUGUGUCUUCGCCACCCUACCUGCGUCGAGGGACAACAAUGCAAAGAGUGAUCACUUCUCUCAGCACGCGUGUCCACAGUUCUUUUUUGGUGGUGAGGUGGGCUCUGUCCAUCGUGCAGACGAUUUGGGGCACAUUACGGACGUCCAAGUCCUGAACCACGCUAUUGAUUCGAUGAUGUUUUAUGAGGAGCAAAGCCGUCUGAUUGUUAUCACACGAGCGGUGCAGCUCUUCGUGUACCAAGUUGGUACUACUGAUGGCACCGUGAAGCUCACCACCAAGGUCAAACUGAGUCUAGCGGGAGAAGGCUCGCUGCUAGAAACCAAGUGGGCGGGCCCUGGACUACUUGCGAUUGCGUCUGGCGAAGCGAUUGUACGGUUUUGGAACAUCUGUACGGAAGAAAACAGUGUGUUGAGCUUACCAAAGUCAAGCGGGCUGAACUACAACGUCAACAACUUAAGUUUUUCUCCACGGAGGCGUGUACUUGUGGCUGGUACGGCUCAAGGAGCGGUUUUCUUCUGGCGUGCCACGACCUUCGUUGACAAUACCCAAGGUAACGGAGAAACACCUACAGUAUCGUAUCGAUGGGAUCUACUAUUCACUGCAGAAGUUGGACGCGCGGUCACGCGCAUUGGGUGGAGCAAUGCACACCCAGCGUUGUAUGCCAACACUGUCGAGGGUGUGGUCAUCCUUCAUGAAGGUAACAUGCAGCGCGCUCUCUGCGGUGAUACAGCAGUAAUCCAAGUGCGACCUAAGACGCUUUCUAUUGAGAAGUUUCAAGAUGGAGCGCAGUCCGGUGUGACGAUCACACAAGCAACUCUAGAGGCGUCGCUGCGUGCCAAAGGGAUUUCGCAUGACGGGUCUACACUUGUCGUCUGGAACGGCUCGAAAGCAGAAGUAUACGAGAUGAAAGAUGGCGACGCGAAGCUCACAAACCAGUUCAAAUGCUUUUCAAGUGCGAUGGUACUUCGCGGAGAAUCCGUCUACCGGGCGAAUGGGAAUCAUGUUGAGAUAUGCAAUCUCGCCGGAGUGGUGAAGAACUCGAUCUCGUUCACGGAGGCUGAGGGACGGCCGGCGAUGCUGUCUCUUCAGAACAAAUUCCUUGCGGUGGGCACGGAUCGCGGUCUUUUGCGUGUUUUUGAUGUAUCCCGCCGUGACCCAAAGGCGUUGGGGAGUAUGGGUAACCUCCCCGAAGCUUAUGGUGACGAGACUAAGUCUGCUGUGAUGAGAUCCAUCUGUGUCAACUCGGACGGCACUCGAAUCUGCAUUCUGGCGGAUCGUGUCGAAGGCGCGUUGCGAAUGCGUGAACCAUUGAGCAAACUCUUCUUGUUCCAGACAGAUCUCAAUAUCUACCAGCAGUUCGACUUUGGCGCCUCUCGCUACCCAAACUCGGUUUUCUUCGAUCCUCAAGAACCUCGGUUGCUGAUCUGUGAGACUGCCAAGUCGGGCAACGAAAUCUCGACACCAGGAGCAAGUGGUGGAGCUGCUGGAAAUCGGCGUGACCCCAGCCCCGACGACGGCUUAGGAGCCGGUGGGGCUAGUGGCUCGCGGGGGAACUUGGUAUCGGACAAGGAAGUCACGAUAAUCUUCGCGUCAAAUGAGCACGGACUCCUCAUGCAGGAUAGUUUCGACCUGGAUCUGAAAUACACAGCGCUGCUGGGCAUUCAGGUACCCCGCGUGUACUUCGUGGCAAAGGUUGACAACGGCUCUUCAGAUGACGCCACCACAGUAGUGCACGUUGGCCGGACGAAGGCCAACAAUCCCGUCUCGAAAACUCCAACGAUUUACGAUACUGCGAGUUACCUGCGCACGCAGAUCAUGCGUGACUUCACCGGGCUAGAUAAGGUUAACAACGAAGCGAAGCAAGCUCUCAUCGACUUCUGCUACUUCAUGACGGUCGGGAACAUGGAUGAAGCGUACCGUUCAGUCAAGCUCAUCGAGAACCCCUCUGUUUGGGAGAACAUGGCUCGCAUGUGCGUGAAGACGAAGCGACUGGAUGUGGCUGAGGUGUGUCUCGGAAACAUGGGUCAUGCUCGAGGUGCAGCUGCAGUACAAGAGGCCAAGAAGGAACCUGAACUAGAAGUGGCAAUUGCCAUGGUCGCUAUCCAACUGGGAUUACGCGACGAUGCAGCUCGGCUGUAUCGCGAGUGCGGCCGCUAUGAUCUCCUUAACAAACUGUAUCAAGCGAGUGGUUACUGGAAGAAAGCUGUAGAUGUGGCAUCCAAACGCGACCGAAUCCACCUGAAAACGACGUAUCACGCGCUGGCACGACACUAUGAGGAAAUGGGCGAUCUCAAGGAGGCAAUGGAGGCUUACGAGGACGCCGGUACUCACCAAAAAGAUAUUCCUCGCAUGCUGUUCAAGCUGGGGAAGAUCGACUUGCUGCAGAAGUACGUGACUACGUCGAAUAACCGCGACUUGCUCAUUUGGUGGGCACAGUUUCAGGAGAGUCAGGGGCAGUUCGACGGAGCGGUGGAGAGUUACCAGCGCGCCAAGGACUAUUUGUCGAUCGUGCGUGUGCUGUGCUUCAAGAAGGACUUCCAGGCUGCUGCCAAAGUGGCACAGACAAGCGGGAAUCGGGCCGCGGCGUAUCAUUUGGCACGACAAUUUGAAGCGCACGACGAGAUCUCCAACGCUAUCCACUUCUUCGCCAGUGGAGGGUGCUACAACCAUGCAAUUCGUCUAGCUAAGGAGCAUCGCAUGGAUGCAGAUCUCAUGGGCUUCGCGCUGAUGAGUAAACCAAGCGAUAUGCUCGACUGUGCUGCGUACUUUGAGGAGCAACGCGAAAUGGAGAAGGCUGUGCAGCUCUAUCACAAAGGAGGCAAUGUGGCCAAGGCAUUGGACUUGUGCUUUCAGGCGCAACUUUUCGAGGAGUUACACCACCUCACGGACGAACUCAGUGGCUCCGGUAGUACUUCGCCAGCUAUCCUGAAGAAGUGCGCCGACUUUUUCAUUGCCAAUGGCCACUAUGCUAAGGCGGUGCACUUAUGCUUGAUCGGAAACCGUGUCGCUGAGGCACUGGAUGUGUGUAUGCAACACGACGUGAAGGUCACGGAAGAAAUGGCGGAAAAGAUGACCCCGCCGAAGGGCGACGACACAGCCUCGCCUGCGGACAAGAAGAGACGCACUGAGCUGCUUCUCAAGCUGGCGAAAUGCUGCAAACAGCAAGGCUCGUACCACUUGGCCACGAAGAAAUACACACAAGCCGGAAACAAACUCAAGGCCAUGAAGUGUCUGCUCAAGUCCGGCGACACUGAAAAGGUGGUGUUCUUCGCCAAUGUGUCGCGCAAUGCCCAAAUCUUCGUUCUCGCAGCCAACUACCUGCAGAAUCUGGAUUGGCGGAAGGACACCGAGAUCAUGAAGAAUAUCGUCGGCUUUUACACCAAGGCGCGUGCAUUCGAGCAGCUUGCAGCCUUCUACGCUGGCUGCGCACAGGUUGAGAUCGAGGAGUAUCGUGACUACGAGAAGGCAAUUUCUGCCCUGCAAGAAGCCGUGCAAGUCGUGUCCAAAUCUCGCGCUGACGGCAAAGACGCCUUGCUGAAGCGCUACGAAAAGCGUAUUCUGCUCAUUGAACAAUUUGUCAUCGCUCGUCAGCAAGCAAUGAACAACCCGAAGGAGAUGAUGGAGAUCGUCACAAAGUUGCUUGAGGAGCCUGGUAUCGAGGAGGCCAUCCGCGUGGGUGACGCGUAUGCUAUGCUGACGGAAGCGUACUACGAGGAAGGCGAGCUGAACAAGAGCUUCGAGACUAUGGAAGAGAUGAAGCGUAGGGGGCUCACGCUCAAGUCGUAUGUGGACCCGCGCGUGGUGGAGGCCGUGCAAGCAAAACUAGGUAUUUCUCUCGGGGACGACAGACGCCGCCGACCAUCACCGAGCGACUACAAGCAGGCCGCCCCAUCCAGUCGCCCUAGCUCACGUGAAGCCAAAUCAAGCCGCCCGAGUUCACGUGAGGAUCACUCAAGCCGCCCAGGCUCGCGCGAGACUCACAUCCGUCCAGGUUCACGCGAGGACAAAAUGGUGCGUCCUGACGACGAAGAGGUUGAGGACGAGAUGGAGGAAGACAUCGCCGAGGACGAAUAG